AUGUCGAGUGCAACCUACGACGAGCUUUGGAAAAACACGCAAACUGUUCUGGACGAACUUAUUCAAAUGGAUAUGAGCUUGCAAAACGCCGAACCGCAAAAAGAUCGUGUGCAAGCUCGUAAUAUAAUUUCAGAAUUGUACGUGAAAUAUAUCAUUGUCUCUAAUAAAAUGGAACUGUGUUACGAUCAAGUAAUACAGCCGCAAAAACGAAUAUUAAUAAGACAAUUAUUAGAUUCGUGUCUUGGUAGAAUCUUGGAGCUGAAACAUGAGUUGGUCGAAAUAGAUCUUUCGGAAUAUAGUUAUUUCGAUGACAUUUUGAUAAAGUUACGUGUCACGCCGCAAGAAAUUGAGAUUCAAUUACCGAGGUAUUUCAGACGCGAACGUUCGAAAGAGAUCGAAGAGAGGCGAGAGUUUAUAGAAAAUAUUUUAAGAAACACAGGUGUCUUAUAUGAGGUAACAUUACCAAAAAAGAUGACCGAAUCCGAAGCUGUUAGACUUAUACAGGCUCACGAGCGUGGGAGGCAAGGAAGGCUGAGGUUCCAAUUUAUAAGAGAAAUUCGUAAACUGAAAGAAAAAUCGGCAUUCAAAGCAGAAAUAGAGAUGCAAGAUAAAUCGACUGAAAGAGCAGCUGCAAUGAAAAUUCAAAAAGUUUGGAGAGGAUACGUUACUAGACGAAAAAUUCGAAAAAGACGCCUCGACGAAAUGUUGUUAAUUGGUAUGCUUCAGCCAAGCCAAGAAGUUACUGAAAGUGCCAGACAGGCUGAGAGAAUUAGACAAGAUAGAUACGAAAAACAAAUGAAAUACCAACAAUUGUACGAAAUUUCAACGAUUGAAAUUGAAGAAAGAAUUCGUAAAGAAAAAAGUGCUAUAAUGGAGGAAAAUAUAAGAAGUGAAAUUCGAAAUUGGGUAAAAUCUUGCUUCCAAGAAACAGGAAAAAUUCCUGAUUUGCCAUCUGCAGAGAGUGGUGGAUCCAGAAUCAUAUUUAGUAGACAGGGAACUGAAAGCACUAUAAGCAAAUCUACAGCAGUGUCAUCAAAGGAGUCCAAAAAAUCAAAGAAAUCAAAGUCAAAGAAAGACAGUGAAACAGAGCAAUCAGAAGAAGAAACAGAACAAGGUUUCAAGUCAAUUCCUUCUAAUUUUUUAACUAAAUUAAUAUAUGCUAAUCAAGAGUAUCAAGAAGUAUGGAAAAAUGAAACAGAACUCAUGAAUGCCAUGGAAUUACCAAACUUAAGUAUGAUAGAAAGCAUAAAAACUAAAGAAGUUGAACACGAAGUAAGAGUUAUGGUAGAUCAAGUACUUAGAGGUGAUAUAGAAGCACUACAAAAUGCAUUAGACAGGGAUAAAGGGUUUAAAGGUAAACGUGCAAAAAAAACACAGAAGCGAAUUCGCCGUAGUGGGAAAAAGAAUAAGAAAAGGAAAGAUAAGGAUUUAACUCCUGAUAGAACAAUAGAAUCUUUGAUGGAAGAAUUAUUGACAGAAGACAUCAUUAAGCUCCAUAGAGAAAUUCCACUUAGCGAUUUCAAAGGGGAAAAAUCUUUUGCCAACUACAAUCUAAGAGAAAGGGGAAAAGAUCCUUUACCAGCACUCGGAGAUAUAAGGCAGUUAAUAGCCGAAUAUUGUAUUCUCCCUUUGGGAAACGGUACUCUUAGAGAACUCACUCCUCUGGUAAGAUCCGUCUUGAUAGCUGGACCACAUGGCAGUGGUAAAAAAAUGUUAGUAAAUGCAAUUUGUACAGAACUAGGAGCUACUUUAUUUGACAUUUCACCAGCUAAUAUUGUUGGAAAAUAUCCUGGAAAAUCAGGAUUAAUCAUGCUUAUUCACCUAGUAUCAAAGAUGUCACGUUUAUUGCAACCAUCAAUAAUAUUCAUGGAUUCGGCUGAAAAACCAUUUGUUAAAAAAAUUUCAAAAACAGAUAAAACUGAUCCAAAACGUUUAAAGAAAGAUCUUCCUAAGUUAGUAAAGAACAUCACAAAUGAAGAUAGAGUAAUUCUUAUUGGAAUUUCAAACUCGCCAUGGGAUGGAGAUCAAAAGCUUUUAUAUCAAACUUAUGAUAAGGUCGUGUAUAUUCCCAGACCAGAUUAUGGGACUAUGUCUAACGUGUGGAAAGAUUUAUUAUAUAAAUACUCUGGAAUUAGUAGACAAUUUGAUACAUCUGCCAUGGCCAAAAUUUGCGAUGGUUUUACUAUCGGAACUGUAUUGGAAUCAAUUAACGAGGUAUCGACGGAAAAAUGAUCGUAAUAAUGAUAUGGCUAAUUAUAAAUUUUUCUCGUGUCGCAGUAUUUUAUAAUGGUAUAUGUUGAUGUACAGGUAAUGACCACAAAACGUAUGGUACAGUUAAGAACUCACACUCUAACACACGGUGAAUUAAUAAAUGCGCUAAGUACUAAGAAUCCAGUUUAUUGUGAAGAAGAGGAAGCGUUUACAGCCUGGCUCGGUAAAACACCAAUAUAUCGUAAAAAACAACGCGUCCUUGAAUUAGAGCUUCAAAAGCAAAGAGAAGCAAACGAAAAAGAAAAUAGAAAAGGGAAGAAAUCGUGA